AGGUAGCGAGCUGAUUUAUUUGCACAGAUAUUCGACCGAGAAGAUCGAUAUUAUAGUAUUGCUGCCGGUCUCCCCCGGGUUGAAGGAGGAACAGGCCGGCGGGGGCGAGCGAGCGAGGAUGGACGACGACGACAGGUGCGAGUGGCGUGGACGGAGUAACGCCCACGUCGGCGGUGACGGCCGCGAGUGGAGGCGGUGGUCGGCGCUGGUGGCGACGGUGUGGAUCCAGGCGGUGACGGGCACCAACUUCGACUUCUCGGCCUACUCGUCGGCGCUCAAGUCGUCGCUGGGGGUCUCCCAGCAGUCCCUCAACUACCUCGCCACCGCCUCCGACCUCGGCAAGGCCUUCGGCUGGUCCUCCGGCCUCGCCCUCCUCUACAUGCCGCUGCCGGCGGUGCUGCUCCUCUCCGCGGCCCUGGGGCUCGCCGCGUACGUCGUCCAGUACUGCGUCCUCCUCUCCUCCUCCCCGUCGCCGCCGGCCAUCCCCUACCCCGUCGUAUUCUUGGCCUGCCUGGUAGCCGGGUGCAGCAUAUGCUGGUUCAACACUGUUUGCUUUGUCGUCUGCACACGCAGCUUCUCUGCCAGCAGCCGCCCCCUGGCACUAUCUCUCUCCACAAGCUUCAACGGCCUCAGCGCUGCCUUCUACACCCUCUUCGCCAAUGCCCUUGCCCCCUACACUGCUUCCGUGUACCUCCUCCUCAACGCCAUUCUCCCUCUCGCUAUCUCCCUUCUUGCACUCCCAGUGAUCCUCCUAUGCCGCCAACAGGACAGCCACAACCUCCACAGCAAGCCCGAGCAUGAUGAGCGUGUCUUUCUCGGAUUCUACAUCCUCGCUGUCGUCACUGGAGUAUAUCUAGUGAUCCUCGGGUCUUUCACCUCGACCGGCUCCACUGCGUGGGUCGUUCUCUCUGGCGCUAUGGCCCUCCUCGCCCUUCCUCUAAUCAUCCCUGCUGCCUCCUGUUGCUCUGAUGUGGACAUCAGUGGCCCUGACGACUAUGCGAUGCCACUCAACAAUGAUGGCCCACAAAAGCCGCUCCUAAUCAACAAUGAUCAAUACCAGAGUGAGUACCAGCUGCAGGGCUGUUGUUAUGGGACGAUACUAGAGAAGGGCCGGGUGCUGGUUCUUGGUGAGGAGCAUAGCGCGAAGAGGCUCCUCCGGUGUGUUGAUUUCUGGCUCUACUACACAGCCUACUUCUGUGGUGCUACUGUUGGGCUGGUGUACAGCAACAACCUAGGGCAGAUUGCCCAGUCACUGCACCGGCAAUCGGAGCUCACCAUGCUCCUUGCCGUCUACUCCUCCUGCUCCUUCUUCGGUCGCCUUCUCUCUGCGCUUCCUGAAUUCCUUCACAGGAGGGUGUCAUUUGCUCGGACAGGGUGGCUCGCGGCCGCAUUGGUGCCUAUGCCAAUGGCCUUCUUCCUAUUGUGGAAUUCGGAAGGCGAGAACACUCUGGUGGCAGGAACAGCUCUGAUUGGCCUAAGCUCAGGGUUCAUCUUCGCUGCGGCAGUGUCAGUCACAGCUGAGCUCUUUGGACCGAAUAGCAUUGGCAUGAACCACAACAUCCUCAUCACCAAUAUCCCUCUUGGGUCACUCCUCUACGGACAGAUUGCCGCACUGCUCUACGACGCGAACGGGCAAAGGAAGAUGGUACAGGAUAACAGCACUGGCAGAGUUGAGACCAUGAUAGUGUGCAUGGGGGCAAGGUGCUACUCAACCACGUUCCUCGUGUGGGGUUGCAUCACAUUGCUCGGGUUGGCAUCAAGCAUAGCCCUCUUCUUCAGAACAAGACAAGCUUACGCUGAUCGUCAGUCUAGUUUUAAGCAACGUAGCCAGGUUUCCAGCUGACAGAGGAACUCCAUUGGUCUGUUCCGUUACUGGCCUUGGGGCAUGGCUAGCUUGUACAAGUUUCAGUUCUUGUUCUAGGUGGACCGUAUUAGAUGCAGCAUAUGUUGUGAAUAGCAGAAAAAUAUUCAUCAAGACAGGCAGAAAAUUACCAGCUUAGCAGUUUGUACAAAAGAUAGACCUAACUAUUUACAGGACAUUGAUUCAAGGGAAAA